GCCCGGGAGCCCUGUGUCGCAGGAAGGAACUGGUCUGGUCACAUUGCUGGUCUUGGGCAUCUGACUCUCCAGAGAGGGGCUCCACUUGGCUCUGUCUUCUUCCACCUCCCAGGGAAAGGCCUUCCCCACCCACCCGAGGACCCCAUCCUCAGGCUGCAGAGCCGAUCUCCACAUCUCCACCGUCUUCCAGGUCCUCCCCCCAGCAGGCCCUGAGCAUGGCUUCCAUGGGGCUGCAGGUGCUGGGCAUCGCGCUGGCCGUGCUGGGCUGGCUGGGGGCCAUACUGAGCUGCGCGCUGCCCAUGUGGCGGGUGACCGCCUUCAUCGGCAGCAACAUCGUCACGGCACAGACCAGCUGGGAGGGCCUGUGGAUGAACUGCGUGGUGCAGAGCACUGGCCAGAUGCAGUGCAAGGUGUACGACUCGCUGCUGGCGCUGCCCCAGGACCUGCAGGCGGCCCGCGCCCUCAUCGUCAUCAGCAUCAUCGUGGCGGCGCUGGGCAUGCUGCUGUCUGUGGUCGGGGGCAAGUGCACCAACUGCGUGGAGGAUGAGACCACCAAGGCCAAGACCAUGAUCGUGGCGGGCGUGGUGUUCCUGCUGGCCAGCCUGCUGGUGAUGGUGCCUGUGUCCUGGACGGCCCACAACGUCAUCCGCGACUUCUACAACCCGCUGGUGGCCGCAGGGCAGAAGCGGGAGAUGGGCGCUGCGCUCUACAUCGGCUGGGCGGCCUCGGGGCUGCUGCUGCUGGGGGGCGCCCUGCUCUGCUGCAACUGCCCACCCCGCGCCGACAAGCCCUACUCGGCCAAGUACUCGGCAGCCCGCUCCGCCCCGGCCAGCAACUACGUGUGAGGCGCCACCCAGACCUGUCCCUUUCGGCUUUGUUUUCCCUUGGACUGAGCUUGGAGCAGCCAUGACCCCAGGACGGCGCUGCCAUGGGCUGCUGGCUGCUGGGGGAUGGGCAAGCAGGACCGAGCCCGCGGGCAGCCCUUCCCGCCCACUGGGGCUCCUUCCCAAGGCCUCCUGUCAUUGGCGAGGAUGGACAGUCUCGAGCCACCCUCCUCUGAAAGAACCCUAGAUCCAGAGCAGGUGGAACCGACAGCUGGCUCCUGCUGGCCAGGAGAGCUCGGCCCUGACCUUGGGCUCCGCCUCCAAGUGGGUGCCCUGCCCACACCGGCACCUCCCACUGUCCCUUUUCUACCCUCCCCCUCCCUCUGCCCACAUCUUCGGUCAUGCCAGUGCUUCUCUUGCCGCUGUCUCCCGUGUUCCUGGGCACUCCUGGCCCUGCCCAGGCACUGGUGUGAUGGACUGUGGGUGACUGUGUGGCCAGGAAAUGCCACUGGGGCUGUGUCACGGGAAUCUGUGGUUAUGGAGAAGCGUGGGCCUUGCCCACCCACCUGCUGUGGAGUGGAACACAGAGUGGAUGGACAGGUUUGAGCGACAGGUUUAGGUGGAAUAAACUGGUUUGGGUAGUGGCAGGGAGCGCCAGAGAGGUGGCCUGGCCACCCUCACCCCUUCCGGCCUCACCCUGCUGCCGUGGGGCUCGUGGGGCUCGCUGUCUCACCCCUCUCAGCAGAAGGACCCCCAGGACCCUGAGACUGGCUCCUUUGAGUCCUCUGCCCCUGCCAAGGAAUGGCCAGCUUGGGGAGGGUAGGGGAAAUGGCCUCACCAGAAGGAGUCCUGGCCUCUCCCCUGCCUCCUUUGAUGUUUCUGUUUUGUAAUUAAGAGACUAUUCAUCACUGUCAUUAUUAUUAUUUUCUACAAUAAAUGGGACCUGUGCACAGGAA